AUGGAUGACCCCGACGUUAAACCAGUCGGCGCCCGCCAAGCCACUCAUCACGGCCAGAUCCAUCCCGGAACCGAAGAUUCCCUCUUACCAGUUGGCGUCCUCGACCCAGUCUACGAAGCCAAAGCACGCGUCCUCAAUCAUGCCAUCCAAGGCAUCGGAAUGGGCUGGUAUCAGUGGCAGCUCUUCGUCGUCGUCGGCUUCGGAUGGGCCUCUGACAACCUCUGGCCCAUCGUGACGUCACUCAUCCUGACGCCCGUAUCCAACGAGUUCGACCCCGCCCGACCUCCUAUCCUGUCGCUCAGCCAGAACAUCGGCCUUCUCGUCGGCGCCGCCUUCUGGGGCUUCGGAUGCGACGUCUUCGGCCGGAGAUGGGGCUUCAACCUGACGCUCGGCCUGACCGGACUGUGGGGUCUCAUCGCCGCCGGCUCUCCCAGCUUCGCCGCCGCCUGCACCUUUGCUGCGUUCUGGUCCUUUGGCGUCGGGGGGAACCUGCCCGUCGAUUCGGCCAUCUUUCUCGAGUUCCUGCCCCGCACCCAUCAGUACCUCCUCACCGUGCUGUCGGUCGACUGGGCGCUCGCGCAGGUCGUCACCAACCUCGUCGCCUGGCCGCUCCUGGGGAACCUUACCUGCCAGCAGGACCGGGAGACGUGCGCCCGGGGCGAGAACAUGGGCUGGCGCUAUCUGCUCAUCAUCAUGGGCGGGCUGACCCUGCUCAUGUUCCUCGUCCGCUUCGCCGCCUUCACCAUCUACGAGUCGCCAAAGUACCUGAUGAGCCAGGGCCAGGAUGAGGAGGCCGUGCGCGUCGUCCACCAGGUGGCCAAGCGCAACGGCAAGGCGACGGACCUCGGCAUCGACCAGCUUCGGGCCUGCGAGCCCGAAGGAUACGCAGGCCCGCAGGCCGACGUCAAGACGACGCUGAAGCGGCACCUCGACAAGGUCAACACCCGACAGGUCGGCGUCCUCUUCUCCACGCCCCGUCUGGCCCUCAGCACCGGAGCCGUCAUGCUCGUCUGGGCCCUCAUCGGCCUCGGCUACCCCCUCUACAACGCCUUCAUACCCUACAUCCAGUCGCUGCGCGGCGUCGAGUUUGGCGACGGGAGCACGUACAUCACCUACCGAAACAACCUCAUCAUCGCCUCCCUCGGCGUGCCCGGGUCCCUGCUGGGCGGGGUCCUCGUCGAACUUCCCCACGUCGGUCGCAAGGGCGCCCUGUCCGGAUCCGCUUGCCUUACCGGUGCAUUCCUCUACGCCUCGACAACGGCCACAUCGAGCUCGCAGCUGCUCGGGUGGAACUGUGCCUUCAACCUCUGCAGUACGGCGAUGUACGCCGUCCUGUACGGCUACACGCCUGAGCUGUUCCCCACGCCCCAGAGGGGGACGGGCAAUGCUCUCACGGCUACGUGCAAUCGCAUCUUUGGCAUCAUGGCGCCGAUCAUUGCCAUGUUUUCCGAUUUAGAGACGUCGGCCCCCGUCUACACCAGCGGGGCUCUGUUCAUAGCGGCCGGCCUCGUCGUGCUCAUCAUGCCGUAUGAAUCCCGGGGACGGUCGGCCAUGUAA